UUCACAAAUUCCAAGCACCAUAGCCAAUAGCCAAGGACAAAGAGACCGGCGAGCUAGCGGUCCUUCUUCGCCGCUGGUGAUACGAGAGCCAUGCUUCUUCUCGGGCCUUACCACUUGGUCGCCCUGCUCCUGCUCCUCGUCGCUGCGGGCCGCUGCCUCGCGGCCACCGGCCGCGGCGAUGAUGGCCGGCGGUUCGUCUACAACGGCUUCAUCGGCGUGGACUUGACGCUCGACGGUGCGGCCCAGGUCAUGCCGAACGGUCUCCUCAUGCUGACCAACGGAAGCCUUGGAGUGACAGGCCAUGCCUUCCACCCGUUCCUGCUGCCGUUCCGCAACGCCACCGGCGCCAUGCGGUCCUUCUCGACCAUCUUCGCGUUCGCCAUCUUCGGUCAGUACGACGACCUGAGCAGCGACGGCAUGGCCUUCUUCGUCUCCGCAUCCAAGGAGACGCUUUCCGGUGCGCAGUCAGGCCGGUACUUGGGCCUCCUCAACCAAACCAGUAAUGGCAACCAGAGCACCCGCAUCUUCGCCGUGGAGCUAGACACGUCAAAGGACGCCGAGUUCCUAGACAUCAACAACAACCACGUUGGUGUCGACGUCGAUAGCCUGUGGUCGCUCCAUGCCACCCCCUCCGGGUACAACGAUGAUGGCACCGGUUUGUUUCAGAAUCUAAGCCUGAUAAACCGGAAGUCCAUACAGGUGUGGGUUGACUACGACGCCACGGCCAAGGAGAUCACCGUGACCAUAGCUCCACUGGGGGUGGCCAGGCCCAAGAAGCCCCUGCUGCAGACCAUCAUCGACCUCUCCGAUGUGGUGCAGAGCACGGCGUACGUUGGGUUCUCGUCCGCAAGUGGAAGUAUUGUCACUGCAAAACACUUCGUCCUCGGCUGGAGCUUCGCUCUGGACGAGCCUGCCCCUGCACUCAACAUCUCGAUUCUGCCGGCCCUUCCACCGGCCAGCCCCGUGCGGUACCCCUACAGCACCAGGUUAGCGAUAUUACCCAGCGGGAUUACUCUGCUGGUCUUAGCAGUAAUGCUGGCUUUGGCUAUAGGCAUCGGAAUCUACAUAUGCGUAAGACAGAAGCGUCUCAAGUACUCUGAGGUGCGUGAGGACUGGGAGGUCCCGUUUGGCUCCAACCGAUUUUCAUACAAGGACUUGUUUCAUGCGACCAAGGGUUUCAGUGACAAGAACUUGCUUGGGCGGGGAGGCUUCGGAACCGUCUACAAGGGUGUGCUUCGAGAGCCGGAGAUGGAGGUUGCCGUGAAGAGGAUGUCACACGAUUCAAGGCAAGGGGUAAAGGAGUUCAUCGCCGAGGUGGUGAGCGUUGGUCGUCUACGUCACCGUAACCUCGUGCAAUUGUUGGGCUACUGCAGGCGGAAAGAUGAACUUCUCCUGGUUUAUGAGUACAUGAAAAAUGGUAGCCUUGACAAAUACCUACAUGGUAGAAAUGACCAAGUCCUAUGUUGGUCUCAGAGGUAUUCAAUCAUCAAAGGUGUGGCAUCAAGUUUGUUGUAUCUACAUGAGGACUGGGAGCAGGUCGUCAUCCACAGAGAUAUAAAGGCAAGCAAUGUGCUCCUGGAUAGUAAGAUGAAUGGAAGGUUGGGCGAUUUUGGUCUUGCAAGAAUCUAUGACCACGAAAACGCUGCUGAAACCACCCAUGUGGCUGGUACCAUGGGAUAUCUUGCGCCAGAACUCUCGCGCGCUGGGAGGCCAACACCCUUCUCCGAUGUUUACGCAUUUGGUGUGUUUCUCCUAGAGGUCACAUGUGGACGCAAGCCAAUCUUCAUUGAUGAUCAAAGCAAUCGGGUGUUGCUGGUCGAGUGGGUGCUUGAGCACCACCACAAUGGCUCAAUGCUCGACACGGUGGAUCCACGACUCGGAGGGGAAUUCAACACAGAGGAGGUAACCAUUGUGCUCAAAUUGGGUUUGCUAUGCACGUACCCGUCGCCCAACGCACGGCCUAUCAUGCGAAAGGUAAUGCAGUACCUCGACCGUGAUCAAUUGCCUCCUGAUUUAUCACCGGCCUACAUAAGCUACAUCAUGAUGGCACAAAUGCAAAAUGAGAGGUUUGAUUCGCACGACAUGGCAUGUUCUCAGCCCGCGAUGAGUGUCGCCACUUUGUCGGGUGAGUCAGUGACAAUUUUGCGAGAGGGAAGGUGAAGCAUAUAUGCAAUUGAGUCCCUCCCUCCCCCUCUAUGUUGAUUUGAUAAAGGAAGUAAGGGGUUGUAUUAAGAAGCUAUGCUCUGUUGUUGGACUGCUCCGUCCGGCGUGUCUGAACUUGCCGAUUUUCAUUAUUUAAAUGUUGGCUAAUCAAUGUAUG